CAAAUUUGUUUGACAUAAACAGAUUCAAGAAAUUUUAUUGAAGAAAUUAAAUUAGUAUUUGUUCAACACCAUUGAAGUAUACAAUAUUCAUGAUGUUAUUUAUCUCAUUUGAAAUAACUUUAAUUUCUGGAAAUGGAAAUCAAAUUUACAUUUUUCAUCCAAACAGAAUAAAGAAUCGAUAAAAAUUUUUUAAUUAUCCAAUAUUUGAAAAUCAAGCUUAGAAACUUUGAAGUUCUUGAAUUGUGAAUUUGGGGGAUGAUUAAAUUUGGUGUAUAUAAUGGGAAUUUUCAUUAAAGACUGUGAAUGAUAACAAUAAUGAGGAAUUGUCAAUUUGAACCGAUGAUAAUGGCUGCAAAUUAUUUUUCACUAUUAGCAAUUAAAUUAAAAUAAGAAUGAACGUAGUGCACUGGACAAAUAAUAACAAUGAAUCGUAAUCAAAGUCAAUUAGGUAAUCCUCUGAGACAUUGCCUCCUCUAAAAAAAAGGAUUUCAAAAAGACUGUAAAAACACAUAUAAGAUACUUCUUUCAAAGAAUUGUACAAAUAAUAGAAGCUUGCUGAAAUUGUUCAAAAGGCUAUGGAGAGAAACGAAUGCCAAUAUGAGGAAUAUGAUGAAAUAAAAAUUUGUGGUGAGAUAAUAAAACUCAAUGACAAAGUGAUUAUCAAAAAUGAGGAUAGCAAUGUGGAGGAUUAUAUUGGAUCAAUAUAGAAAAUUUGCAGCAUCGUAGAACCUAGGACACUUAAGUUAAUAUGUCUCUGUGAAGUGUAAUGGUUUAUGAGAAAGAAUGAAAUAAUUUGUCACAAACCAAGAGCUCGAAGUUGGAUUGGAAAUUAAGAAAUCUUCUCCACCAAUACCAAUGAUUAUGUAUUAGCUCAGACAAUCGUUCAGAGAUGUACAGUUGUUGAUUGUGAGGAGUAUUUCAAUAUGGAGAAUUGUGAUUCCACUACCUACUAUAAUCGAUUGGAAUGGGAUGUGGAAUGCAAGAAGUUUACGAAUAUGAACACAAUUAAGAUGUAUUGCUUAUGCCAACAGCCUUGGAAUCCUGAACUCAACUAUAUUUAAUGUGAUAAAUGCUAAAAAUGGUACCACUUCGAAUGUGUCGGUGUAAAAGAGGGAUCCUAUGAAAACAAAGAAUAUGCAUGUGGGUAUUGCAAUUGAAAAUGUGAUUUUGAUAUAAUGUCUUUUACUUACUAUUCAUUUAGAGAUUAUUAAU